GAAAAAGAUCCUAGAAAAGAAAAGGAUUUAGGAAUUUACUUUGACUGAACCUCAAAAAAAAAUUCCUUUAACAUUCUUCAUUUAGUUUCUACAGUACUUUGUAGUUGUUUAGUUGGUGGCAAAGGAGAAAAAGCAGAGAAAGAGAGUGAGAGAGCUUUGAGUUUGGAUUGAUUCAGUCGGAUCCAAGAAAUGGGUAGAUCCGUAUACAUAGGAGUUGCUGUAGCUGUUGUAGCAUUCCUGUGUUCCGCCUUCAGAUUCUUCCUCAAACCCCCUCAGUCUCAACCUUCGAGAUUAUUCAUUGCUAAAGACUUGGCACUCUACAAUGGAACUGAUGAACAAUUGCCCAUUUUCUUGGGAAUACUUGGAUCUGUAUUUGAUGUGACAAAAGGAAAGUCUCAUUAUGGAGUUGGAGGAGCUUACCAUCAUUUUGCUGGAAGAGAUGCUUCACGGGCAUUUGUUUCAGGGAAUUUUACAGGAGAUGGACUUACUGACACAUUACGUGGACUAUCUAGCAGUGAGGUAAAAAGUGUUGUAGAAUGGCGGGAUUUCUUCUCUAGAACAUACACAUUUGUCGGUAAAUUGGUGGGUCGUUACUAUGACUAUCGAGGGAUCCCUACCAAAUAUCUGAAGAGUGCGGAAGCAAAGGCAGCUAGGGGUGCCCAGCUGUUGGAAAAGCAGAAGAAAGAAGAAGAAAAGAUCCCAAACUGCAAUUCAAAGUGGAGUCAGCAAGAGGGUGGUGAGGUGUGGUGUGAUGAUGGCUAUCCAAGACUAAUGCAGAGACCUUUAGAAAUUGCAUUGACGGGGAAAAUGAGCAAGCGUUGCGUGUGUUUGAAAGAAGACGAAUUGGAACAACCAAGUUUAGAAGUUUAUGAAGGAUGUGACUAUCAUGCCAAAGCCUGCAAAGUAUAGAUGAGAAACGGAAUGGUCGCUGUGAAGCUAGUGGUGCUGUGAAGCACUUUUAAGGAAAAAAGAAACAAUCUCUUCCCCAAUUCUUGGCAUUGACUAUAUAGACUUGUAAGUAGAAGGCAUCAAAGUUAGAUUUUAGGAUAUAUUUGUCUUAGUGUUCAUGUACGUGGAUAUAUUGUUGUUCUAGUGCUAUAGUCAGGGCUACAAACAUGCAAGCUGACUCAAGUUUUUAUCGAAGAUUGAACUUUGCUUGAGCUCGAUCGUGCUCCGAAAAUUCUUAUCCAACCUUUGGAUGUUCGAGGCUCGAAGCUUUUCUCCUUUGAGCAUUAAUCCUAAGCUCUGGAGGAUGAAUCAAGCUUCAUAAUUAAUGAGUCGUUUAUAGAAGUGUUAAAGUGCUUGUUUGGUUGACAUUAGAAUUAUUUUUUUAAGGAAAAUUGUGUUUCAUGGAAAAUUAUAUCCUUUCAUACAUUUCCUACGAGAUGUAAUCAAUUUGUUUAAUAGGCAUUAAGGAAUUUGCAAUUUAUGGAUUUCUUAAUUGACAGCA